AUGGAUAGAAAACGCUACAACGUUGGCCUGUUUGGUUGUGGGCGAAUUGCAGGCGUCCAUCUUAAAAACAUUCUGAGCAACCGUCGUCUGGACUUGAAAUGGAUUGUGGAUAACAACAAGAGGCGGAUACAGGAAGUGAAGGGCGAGUUCUACCUCGAUGGAAACACUCCUUUCUUUCCUUCCUCGGAGAAGGACAGACUUUUGUCGGAUAAAAGCCUCGAUGCCGUUGUUGUCGUGUCACCCACCAGCAGACAUACAGAGUACAUCGUCCAGAGUCUCAAACACGGCAAGGACGUAUUUACGGAAAAACCAGCGGGCGAGUCUGUGUCCGACAUUCGGCUGUGUUACGAGAUGGCAGAAAGCACCGGAAGGACUUUCCUCACAGGAUUUACUAGACGUUUUGACGAUUUGUAUCGAGACGUGAAGUCUGCUAUCGACAAUGGAACCCUUGGGAAAUUACAAGUCAUCAAGACCACGACCAGAGACUCGCCCAAACCGUCGUACGAGUUCCUCAAGUCCGCCGACAGCACCGGCUGCAACAUCCUGGCGGACCUUGGUGUCCACGACAUCGAUAUGGUUGUCUGGCUCACACGUGCACAGAGGCCAGAGUCUAUCUACAUAACGUGCCACGUGCACGACGAGCAGUUACAAGUAACUUGA